CACCGGAAGUGCGCGGAGCGCUAAAGCCGGCGCACGGCCGGAAGUGCCCGCGUCCCGCACGGGGGCAGAGGACAGCGUGCGGCGGCAGCAUGGGGCGGGCCGGCAAGACCCGGAGCCAGAAGGCGGAGUGCGCGGCCGCGCGGCAGCGGGCGCAGGAGGACUUUGCCGCCGUCCCGCACUCCUUCGUCUUCCACCGCGGCCGCGUGGGCCGGAGCCUGCGGCAGCUCGUGCUGGACGUGCGGCGCGCCAUGGAGCCGUACACAGCCCGGGCCCUCAAGGUGCGCAAGAAGAACGCGCUGAAGGACUUCGUGGCCGUGGCGGGGCCCCUGGGCGUGACGCACUUCCUGGUCUUCACCAAGUCUCCCAGCAGCAUCAACUUCAAGCUAUUCCGGCUCCCCGGGGGCCCAACCCUGACAUUCAGAGUCACUCAGUACUCACUGAUCAAGGACGUAGUGUCAUCACUGAAGCGGCAUCGCAUGCACGAGCAGCAGUUUACCCACCACCCACUGCUGGUGCUCAACAACUUUGGGCUUCCGCAGAUCCAUGUCAAGCUCAUGGCCACCAUGCUCCAGAACAUGUUUCCCUCCAUCAAUGUCCACAAGGUCAGCCUCAACACCAUUAAGCGAUGUGUGCUGGUUAGCUACAAUACCGACACACAGCUCCUGGAUGUCCGACACUACAGCCUGAAGGUUGUGCCUGUGGGGGUGAGCAAGGGUAUGAAGAAGCUGCUGCAGGAGCGGUUUCCCAACUUGAGCAGACUGGAGGACAUUAGUGAACUGCUGGUAAAGGAUGUGAACCUGUCAGAGAGCGAGGCUGAGCAGGAUGGGGCUCAUAACAUCCUGGAGCUACCCCAGGCCUACGCUGGACGUGGGAACAUGAAAGCACAGCAGAGUGCUGUGCGCCUCACUGAGAUCGGCCCACGCCUGACCCUGCAGCUCGUUAAGGUGGAGGAGGGGCUGGGCCAAGGCAAUGUGCUCUACCACAGCUUUGUGCACAAGACAGAAGCUGAGGUGCAGGAGAUGCUCGCCCGCAGGGAGGAGAAGUUGCGGCUGAAGGCUGAGCGGCGCCGCAAGCAGGAGGCUGAUGUGGACCGCAAGCAGCAGCAGCGGGAGGAGAACAGGAAGAAGAGCCUGGAAGGGAUGAAGAAAAAGCAACAGCAGCAGGCGCAGGACAGUGACAGUGAUGCAGAGGAUCCUGGGAUAUCGGAGGACCCAGAUAGGGCUGGGACAUCAGAUGAUGAUGCUGAGUACUAUCGGGAGGCUGUGGGUGAGGAACCCGACAAAGAGCUGUUCCCAAAAAGUGCCAAGAGGAAGCAGGGGCUCUUGCGGCCCCACAGGCCCAAUAAGAGACUCCGCCCUAGCCCCCCAGGGCACCUAUCCACAACCCCGCCAGGCAGAGCUGGCCCCAAGGCUAAGAGGAAGAGGCCUCCAGGGCCCUGGCCGCAGCAGGACUCCCAGGGGCGGCCAAAGCAGAAAAGACCCAGGCAUUUGGGGCAGCAGGGCCCCAAGCUCCCCAGUGUGAAGCUGAGGACAGGACUGCUGGGCCAACGUGGGAAAAGCGCUUGGCGGAGGCCUGGACAGCCCGGACGGGGACGACAUUAGCAUGACCUCUGUUCAUGGAGGUGGGGGGAGAAAGCACCCCACUUUGUUGUAUGCACAAUACACCACUUGCAGCAAUGUC